AUGGGACAGAUUCUCCCUCAGAGCCCUCCAUCUAGCAGGUACCUGGACUUUAGAUUUCUGACCUUCGGAAAUUUGAGAGAAAAAGUUCCUGUUGUUCUAAGCCCCCAGUUUGUGAUUGGAGACUUAGUAUACAUUAUAGAAGGAAAAGGUUUGAUCCCCUUGCCUUCUAAUUUUUUUCCUUCGAGUUCUUCAGAUGAUUCCAAUGGUUCUCCACAUGAAGUGCCUAGUACGGACGAUUCAGUUGUGUAUUUGAACUGCAAGGCCCAUCAAGUCGUAGAUGUGGAGCUUAAAUUGCCACUGGUUAAUGAAGCCAAAGAAAAGGCAUUGGCUUUUGCAGCCCAGCAGCAGAUGUCCGAUCUUGAAUUAAUGAGAAGGUUGAUCACAGGCACUCUUGAAAGCAGCAGUGUCCGUGUGGCCGUUGCCAUUCUGGGGCUGACUGCCAUUGAGACUUGCAUGCUCUUUAACACUUCAAAGUUGAGGAAGCCUAAGUCUAUUUUAUAUAUGGUUGAAGCAAGUCUUCCAGAAUAUUUCCAAAUGCCCAAGAAAAUCUCUAUCCCUCAGGUUUCGGAAACAUCAGCUGCCCACGAAUAUGUUACAUUUUCUUUACGGUUUGCUCCUCUAAAUCCUGGACGGUAUCCUUGUAAAAUUGUGUUGACAUCAAGAUUUGAUGUUCGAGUGUAUUACAUUGAAGGUGUGGUAAAUGAUGAAAAAGCAGAAGCCAAUUUUGAAUUUGAUACGCCAGCAUUUGAACCCCUUACCCAGAACAUCCCAAUAACUAAUGAUACAAUGAAACAAUGGAAAUGUCAUGUUACUAUACAAGGAGAUUGGUUUUAUGGACCUCCUGUUUUAUUUAUUGACCCAGCAGAAACUGUGCAAUAUCCUCUCACAUUCAAACCUAUUUUGGAGUGUAAGAUCACGGGCAAAGUUAUUGUGCAAAAUGAAGUAGAUGGUAUGCAGCACAUCUUUGAUAUAAGAGGAAUUGGAAGAAAACCUCAGGCCUUGGAUCACAUCAUUAUAGACUGCCAAGUGGGAGACUUAAUUCAUAAAACCAUUAUGCUGUCCAGUUUUACAAAGACUGCCAUGACAUACACGGUAACUUCAGAUCUUCCAAUGGUGUGGGGAAAUCCAACUGUCUGCUUAAAUUCUAAAACUGAAGUUCCAUAUGUUCUACACGUAGCUCCUUGGAAACGUGGUAUAUUCAAAGGUGCAGUUACAUUUAAUGUUCAAAGCCAAAAAGAAGUUGAUUCUCAGAAAAAAACAGACCCAGACGAUUCCACUGAGAAAUCAUUAUUAGAGCUAUCCAAACAUGUUGAAGAAAAGCCAGAUGGAAAGAUUGAAAAUUUGAAAAUGUGGUAUUUUGUUGAGGUCCACAGCAGUCUUGGACCCCCUAUAAAUGUAAUUGAAAUGAGAACUGUUGCUUUGGAAACUGUAAACAUUGAAUUACCUUUCUCGAAUCCACAUGAUAGUAUUGUUCACUUAGAUGUGAUAUUAUCAAGUGAAGCCUUUAGUGGACUUAAGAAGCUUACCAUAAAUCCCAAAGAAUGCAUCAACUACAUUGUCAGGUAUUCUCCAGCGAAAACAGGCUAUACAGAAGAAAGCAUUAUUUUCCAGCCUGAUGUGGCUUUAGAAUUCUGGUUUUUACUAAGAUUAACUACCGGAAAUCCAAAAUCAAUCAUGAUGCCAGAAUUACAAUGUGAACUUGGAAAGUGUAUCACUCAAAUUAUUCCCUUGACUAAUCCUACCCAUGAGACUUUAGAAGUAGAAAUCUCAAACAGUAAUUCUAGAAAUUUUGUCCUGGAUAUUUUUGUAGAAUUACCAUUGAUCGUGAACCCUUACUCCACCACGGAAGUACACUUUCAUUUCCAUCCUUCUGCACUUGGAAGGGCUAGUCAACAAGCAUCAAUCAACUUUCAUUGCGCUCAGUUUAAAGAAUGGAUGUUCUUCCUCUGUGGAGUAGGCCUGUUCCCCGAGCCUGUAAAAACAGAAAGAAUAACUACAUUUGUCAAUUUUCAAACACCUGUUGUUGUACAUUUCACCAAUCCCACCGAAGAAGAGGUGUUUAUUAAUAUCAUAUUAACAAAUCAGGAGCAAUUCAGUGGUCUUCUCCUAGACAAAAGCUGGGAUAGCUUCCUUGUUAAGCAUUCAUCCUUCAGAAUCACCUCCCUAAGUCAUAUAAAAGGAAUUUUAUUACUUCCUCGAGGAAUUUUUGAAAUUCCAGUGCAAUUUAUCCCCACCUCUAUGAAACUAUAUAAAACAAUGGUCAUUAUCCAAAUGCUCAGAACAAAUGGAAAAUAUUGGCCUGUUGACAAUUUUGAUGAAUUGGAUACAGAGACAAAAAGAAUGAUGAGACUGAAUGGCCAUCAAGUAAAAGCAAUACAUUGGAUAUACCCUAUCAUUGGACACCCACAAGCACCACUUCCUACAGGCCCUUCAGUUGUCAUAAAAUGUCAAGCCAAGAAGAGGGUAGAAGAAGUGGUGGAAAUUGCAGUGACUGGUGAAUUUUUUGGAAAAAAUCCUACCAUACAAGAUACAGAAUUUAUAGUGGUGCCAAAAAGGAGUCCAGAUGAUAAUUUAUAUGAUCGUGUUUAUGAAGGAAUGCGUGAGUUUCAGUACGAGAUUGAAUUUGAAUCAGAAGUUAUGAGAGAUAACUUGGAAUCCGCUCUGGCUUUAUAUUUGAUUAAAACAACUUGUCAGAUACGUACUCAAACAAUAACAAUGAUAUUCAAUUUGGUAUUUACACCGAUGAAACCUCUGAGGUCUCAAGUUGUACUGAAAGUAGAGUGUGCAAGAGAUGGAAUCUGGAGGUUUCCCUUGACAUUGUUUGCUACAGACCCUGACGUGGACGAUAUCAUUAACAUUGAAGGGAUUGGUUUAUUUAAGGAAGCUAAACUUGAAUUCAGGAUGACAAGUCAGACAAGAAAUUCUGAAUCAUUCACAGCAUACUUCCUACCUGGUAGUGAUCCAGAGUUUUCUGUAAAACCUGAGACUGGCAAACUUCCUCCUUCUAAAUCUGCUGGAGUCCUCAUUAAAGUGGGAUUUAUACCUCAAAUGUACAGCAGAAAAUACAAAGCAACAUUAGUAAUACAGACAGCAAAUAUGUAUUGGUUGUUUGAAGUUAAUGGAUUACCUCAACGUACUAUGCCACCAAGAAAUGUACCAGCCAAAAUCGAUAGUUCUAACAAGACUUUUGAACAAAGGAUAAUUCAUAGGCGCAAUUUUAUACGAGAAAAUGUUAAACUCCUAAGCACUGGGGUGUCCUCAACUAUCAAGGGUGCUCCUUUGACUUCUAAGAACAAAUAA